GAGGUAAAAAGGGGAAAACGCCACCUAAAAACACUACAUCUCACUCUGACUCCCUCACUUUCACUCUCACUCUCACUCACAAGACAAACACCUACACACUGCAUAUUUUCUCUGCAAAACUCAGAAAGAAAGAGACACACACUACACACUCAGCUUGAACUAGAGAGAAGGAGGAGAAGAUUUUGUGCAAAAUGACUUGACCAUUGUUCUUGUCUUUGAAACCAACAUCAUCAUCAUCAUCUUCUCUCUUAAUUUUGGAAGACUCUCCACAAUGUUUGUGAAAGAUGUGCCAGGAAAAGAGUUGCUUGAACAUAAUGGUCAAAAAUGUGUAAGGAACUCUCCACAGGAAGCUCCAACCAAUAAUUUCCCGGACACGCCCCUCAAAACCGUUGAAGUAAAACGGCCUCGACUGGAGGUUUCAAGUUCAGCUCCUGUACAAAUUCCUGGAAACAACCAGCAAGGUUCUUCGGAAUGGGUGGAUGAAAUGUGGACGUCAUUUUUCACUGAGAUCAAUAGUAGUGGUGAUGGUGAUACCACAUCAGUCUGGGAUGAUAAUUUUCCUUUCGGAGGCUUUAUCAAUAAGCAUUUCAGUCAGGAAAAGUUUCAUGAAAAAGUUAAGGAGUUGGAAUUUGAAAGAGUACUCCAAACUAGCCUGACAGAUUCCGUUCGAACAACCUUCCUUCUUCAUGUCAUGGGGCUAAAGUUAGGGGAUACAGUCAAAGAAAACAAGGCUUAUGUUGGAGAGAUCACUGAAUUGAAAAAUAAGUUGUCUGAAUAUGAAAAGAAUUAUGUCGGAGAGAUUACUGAAUUGAAGAAGAAGUUGUCGGAUUAUGAGAAGGAUAUGGCUCAGCUCACUAAUCUGAAAGACGAAUUAAAGAAGACUUUGGAAGAAACAAUCUUGGAAAAGAGGCGAAUGGCGGCAAGAGAAAAAGACCUAAUGGACGAAAAUUCAAAGAAUAAAGGGAAAUUACUUGUAAAAGAAGAUGCUUACAAAGUUACCGUUGACAAGUUGAAGGCUGAAAUUGAAGAACUGAAGUAUAAAAUGUCAGUGCAGUACAAAGCCGGUUAUGAUAAGGCGGUGAAGCAAGUUGUAUUUUUUGCAUCAGGACUUAAACCUUGACCAAACCUAAUGACCUAAAAUUAUUUAGGGUAAAGAAGGUUGUUUUGAAGGUGGGUAAGAAGUUGAUAGCUGACUGAAGCAGAUUGAGGAAAUGCUCUUUUAAACUUCUUUUGGUGUUAGAUUUUCUGGAUUCCUCUUGAAACUUGAUAGUGCAUGGUUUUCAAGUAACUUUGUUUUGGGACUUUAGGAUUGUAUAGUAUCUAUAAACUCUAUCUUUAUAUUAUGUUUUGCUUUCCUCAACAACUAUUUUUCUUAUGUAUGUUUUUAGCACGAUCAUGCUUUUUGAACUAGUAAUUUAAAUGUUAA